UACAAAUUUCAAUUUUUAAAAUGGGUGUAAAAGAUCUCUGGAAUAUUGUAUCGCCUUUGUGCGAUAGAAAGCCAUUGUUUGAGCUACAAGGGAAGACAAUAGCCAUCGAUAUAAGUUGUUGGAUCGUGGAUAGUCAAACUAUCACUGAUCCCUCCAUGCAACCAAAAAUGUACCUUAGGAAUCUGUAUUUUCGUACAGCCUUUCUCCUUAUGCAUGAAAUAUCACCAGUAUUUGUGUUAGAAGGGAAAGCACCUACUUUGAAGCAUAAUACAAUUGCAAAAAGAAAUAAUAUUCGUAGUGGAAAUCAGGAAAGAAAUACUGUGCAUAGAAGAGGGAGAACAUAUUUCAAUAGGAUUCUGAAAGAGUGUAAAGAAAUGCUCGAUUACAUGGGGCUAGCAUGCGUCCAAGGGCAUGGAGAGGCGGAAGCAAUGUGUGCUUAUUUAAAUGAAGAUGGGCUUGUUGAUGGAUGCAUAAGCCAGGACAGUGAUUGUUUCUUAUAUGGAGCGAAGGUGGUUUAUAGAAAUUUUUGUACAAGUGCUCAAGGAAAUCGUGGAGGUUCGGGUGGUGCAGUGGACGAAUACAGUUUAGAAAAGAUAGAAAGAGUGUUAGGUCUUGGAAGAAACAAAAUGAUAGCGUUAGCUCUGUUGUGCGGCUGUGAUUACGAUGAAGGAUUAAAUGGUAUUGGCAAGGAAGCUGCUAUGAAGUUCUUCAAACUUGUAGAAGACAAGAAUGUUCUUGAACGUUUAAAAAGUUGGAAAACAGAUAAGACGUUAGAUCUUGUAGAGAAAGAAUUAUCAAAUCCAAAUUUGUGCACAUCUUGUGGUCAUAGUGGGAAGGUGCAGAAGCACACGAAAUCAGGUUGCAUAGAUUGUGGAACAGUUGUGAAAUGCAAUGACUCUUAUAGAGAGAGAAGAGCAUUAUUAUUAAAUGAGAUUGGUUUGCGAAAGAAGACACUUUUUGUUGAAGGUUUCCCAAACCAAGAAUUAAUAGAUGAAUUUCUUAUUAGGAAAGACCCAGUGCCUACCAAAGUAGAUAUACAGUGGAAACAACCACAAAUUAGUAAAUUCAUAAAAUUCAUGGAGAAGCAUUUGUCUUGGGAACCGCAGUACGCGUUCGAAAAAAUAUUUCCUCUUGCUACACGUUGGCAGGUCGUGCACUUGCCGAAUAUUUCUAUUAGCCACCGUGUUUUAAUGCCCGAUUUGUUUGUACCUGAUACGAUAAAAAAAAUUAGAAACAUCAGGUGCGUUGCGAGUUACGAAAUUAUUUGGAAUAAUAAUCAUUACAUAGUAGAAGAAUUACGAGAACGCGUAGCGGCGAAUGAAAAGAGCGACGACGAUGACGACGUAGAUGAUCUGAUCGAGUUAACGAGCAUCGAACCGCAAGAUGCUGUACAAAAAUGUUAUCCAGAGUUAGUCGAAGUAUUUGAAAAUGCGAAGAAUGCUAAGAAACGAAAGACUAAGAAAAAAACGCGAAAUGCCGAAGAUAAUGGUGAACGCAAAGCAGAAAAAAGACGUCAGAAGAAAAAGGAAAAAAAUAUUUUAGACGAUGUUGAAAAUAAUAGGAAGAUCGACGAAUUCAUAUCGAAAAAUCCUCCCGCGUCGUUAGAAGAGUCUUUUGAAAGUCUGACUAUUUCACCGAAAAGAUCUAAGAAAACAGGCUCACGAGAAGGUCAAAAAGGAAAUAAUAAAAAGAAACGCGGACCUCAGAUUAAUAAAGUAUUACAAUUGGAAAAUAUCAAUUCGAGAUGCAAUGACACGCUAGAUAGAAUGUUUAAUGAACUUUCCCCAGAUGAUUUUCUCACCGACAACGACGAUCACGAUUUAAACGUAUCAGAAAUAAUCGACGAUAUAUGCAGUAGAAAAGUUUUUCAAUAUAACGUUACGAAAGAUGUGCAAACGUUUGCAGAUGAGAAAGCUAUAUGUGGAGGAACCAUUGAGAACGUAGAAACGAUUAAUCGAGAUGUUAGUAUUCAGGCGAAAUCUGAUCGGUACCAAGAAAAUCAAUCUUCUGGAGAGAAAUCUGGAUUCAUUGACGAAUUUGCCGAUUUAAGCGAAUCAUAUGUUCCGCUAUAUGAAAGAAUUGCAACUCGCACCCGGAGUAAAGAUUCGAGGAGAACGUCUAGAAAAACAAAUCAUAGAUUUAGCUUUGGGUUUGAGGCCCUCAUGAAUGAUACCGUUCCAGAAGUCUAAUGUAUUUCAUAGAAUCGAUAUUUACUAUUCUUUUAAAAUAAUGCUUCUAUGCUCUCCCUUAUUUUAUAUUAGAGUGCUGAUGCAAUGAAUUUUUAUU